GAGCCUCUAAUCCCACACAAUCAUAUGUAAACUUUCUCAUAAAUACAAAAUGGUAUCUAAAAUCACAUUCCUAGCAUUCAUUGCUUUAUCUACACUACCCAUACAAACACUCGCAUUCCCUGCUAAAGCUUUUGAGGCAACUCCUAUGAACUCAAAGAUUGCUUCAUUAGCCAAAGCUGCAUACGAAAAAAGACGUGAAAAACGCGGCUCGCCUGGAUUCAAUGCUGCUGCUCAGAUUAUAGAUGUGUCCGGGGAGCAUGCAUUUGUACCUCCUGGCCCCAAAGAUAUGCGAGGUCCUUGCCCAGGCUUGAACGCAUUGGCGAACCACGGCUUUCUACCUCACAAUGGAUUUGCUACGAUUUCUCAAAUCAUCAGUGCCAAUGAAGAAGUAUUUGGAAUGGGAGCAGAUCUAGCUACAUUCCUCACUAUCUACGGCCUUGUCAUGGAUGGCAACCCCCUCUCUCUUAAUCCAGGUUGGAGUAUUGGCGCAAGCCCUGCCCAAGGACAAAAUAUCCUCGACAACCUCUUCGGUCUGCUAGGUGCCCCCCAAGGUCUCAUCGGCUCGCACAAUAAAUACGAAGGCGACACUUCACCCACCCGCGGAGAUCUCUUUGUCUACGGCAACGCUUGGGUCCUUCAAAUGCCCCAUUUUCAAGAACUGUUCGAUCUGCAACCGGAUAAAGCAACUGCGAAUUACGACAUUGGGAUCAUGUCUCAGCUUCGCCAAAUUACAUUCGAGAGAAGCAUCCGCACGAAUCCGUAUUUCUUUUAUGGCCCUUUUGUGGGCAUGGCGGUCAGUAAUGCGGCGCAGAGUUUUAUUUAUAGAUUCAUGGCGAAUCAUACUGCGGAGCAUCCCGAAGGAAUCUUGGAUCAAUUUAACCUGAAGAGUUUCUUUGGGGUCACUGGAGAGACUGGAUAUUUUGAAAAGAAAGACGGAUGGGAACGUAUUCCAGGUGGUUGGGGACGGCGAGCUUUUGGCGACGAAUACGGUAUUCUCAGCUUGACGGAAGAUAUUUUAUAUUUCGCAUCCGAAUACCCCAACACCCUCACCAUCGGCGGCAACACCGGGGAGGUCAACACCUUCUCCGGCGUCGAUUUCUCCGACCUAACCGGCGGCGUCUACAACCUCGAAUCUCUCUUCGAAGGAAACAAUCUCGCCUGCUUCCUCCUCCAAAACGCACAAUUGACCGCACCGGAUUUUCUGAAGACCAUCUUUACCGAUAUCACGGAACCGUUGGGCAUCUUGUCGACGACGACGAAUGGGAUUCUGGGCGCCAUUGGAGGCUGUCCGCAAUUGAUGGAGGUGGAUCAGUCGAAGUUUCAGUUUUCUUCGUUUCCCGGCUCCGGGGCUACGCUUUGAGGGUUAUGGGGUGAGGUUUACGAUGAAUGUUGGAUGGCAUCGGAUGGAAUGAAGGAGGGGGAUACAUUUGAUUUGAUUACUCAUAGCGUGGGAGGAACCGAAUGUCUCGGCGGAUGAGUGUGUUUAUUUAUUAUACUUCUAGUUUCCUCGAUAUCUUCUCCUGCCGUCUUCCCUGCCCCUUUUCCUUUCUAUUCUUUUCUUUUCUUUUCUAGUUUCUUUACCUCUUUCUCCCUCUUAGGGUUCUCAGAUGAACUCGCGUGGGUAUUGUUCUAUACCCUGUCCUGUAGCAUACUAUCUUAUAUCUACCUAUCUAUCUAUCCACACACACUAUAUAUUUACCGUUAUAUUUAUAUCUCCCAUCUACCAGGUUUUCUCAAUACAUAUAUACAUAUAUAUAUAUAUAUACAUACAUCCAUCCACUCACCCACCCACCAAUCCAAUCAAUCCA